AUGAAUCGAGUUUUCGUACGACUUGCCUCCACUACUGCUCAACGCAAAGCUUUGGUCGAGAAGAUAAUCCGUGUGGAUCAUGCCGGAGAACUUGGGGCAGAUAGAAUUUACGCCGGACAAAUGGCGGUUUUAAAUGGAUCAUCUGUCGGCUCUAUUAUACAAAAGAUGUGGGAUGAAGAAAAAGAACAUCUGGACACCAUGGAAAGGCUUGCCGUGAAACAUGACGUCCCACACACUGUCUUCUCUCCAGUGUUCAGUGCUGCUGCCUUCGCUCUCGGAGUGGGGUCAGCUAUGUUGGGUAAAGAAGGUGCGAUGGCUUGCACCAUUGCAGUUGAGGAGUUGAUCGGACAGCAUUAUAAUAACCAAUUGAAAGAACUGAUUGCUGAUGACCCUGAAGCUCAUGCUGAUCUCUUGAAAACUAUCACGAGGCUGAGAGAUGAAGAGUUAGAACAUCAUGACACUGGAAUCAGACAUGACGGGCUGAAAGCUCCAAUGUAUGAUGCUUUGAAGUUCGUAAUUCAAACCGGUUGCAAGGGAGCCAUUUUCGUGGCAGAAAAGAUUUGA